AUGACUCGCAGAAGAAGCCUCGCACUGUACAGCCCACCCAUCUACCAUCGCCAGACACGCGCAAAGCCUCGAACUCGACCGAAGGAAACUCGAAUGCCGCUUCCCAGUCUGCAUUCGCCUCCAUCCGACACCCAGCCAUACAGUCAAUUCCUACCACCGCCACCCAUCAGCUAUGAAGUCGAGGACGAAGAAGCCGAGGGUGUCUGGGGCUACCUCGUGCCACUAGACGGUGUCUCGGAGCCUUUAGUCUUGAGACGUCGUGCAGCAUGUCCUGUUCCUCAGACAAAGAUCGGCCGCACCGACGGCAAGACCGCCGUACCGCGAGAUGAAUAUCUAAAUCAAGAAGAUUCGUACGAGAAGGAAAAGGCGGAGAAGGGUAUCCCGGCUGGCGGCUACCUGAUUGGACGACAUCCCGAGUGUGACCGUAUCAUCAAGACCCCUACAGUCAGCAACCGCCAUUGCCUGCUUUUCUGCGAAAACAAGGACAGCGACCAGAUUGCUGUCGUCGAGGAUCUUUCAGGCAACGGCACCUACGUUAACAAUGCCAUUGUGGGUCGUAACAAGCGACGUGAUCUCUACGACGGUGACGAACUCUCCAUCCUGGAUGUGGCUCGCUUCAUCUUCCGAUACCCGAGCAUCCGCGACACUAAUGGUUUCCGCCAGCAAUACUCGAUCCAAGGACAGCUCGGAAAAGGUCAUUUUGCUACAGUCUACCUAUGUACAGAGAAAUGUAGUGGUGCCCGCUACGCCGUCAAGAAGUUUGAGAAGCGCCGAACGACCACCAACUCUCAAGCCGCCGAAGAGAAGAGCAGAGUCGAUGGCCUGCAACAAGAGAUUGGUGUGCUAAUGGGGGUCUCGCAUCCCAAUGUUCUAUGUCUCAAGGAUACAUUUGACGAAAGCGACGGCGUGUACCUGGUCCUCGAACUUGCCGCGGAAGGCGAAUUGUUCAACUGGAUCGUCGCGAAGCACAAGCUGAGUGAAGCAGAGACCAGGAAGAUAUUCGUGCAACUUUUCCAGGGUAUAAAGUACCUGCAUGAACGCAACAUCGUCCAUCGCGAUAUUAAACCCGAAAACAUUCUUCUCCUCGAUCGUGAACUGAAUAUCAAGAUCGCCGACUUCGGACUUGCUAAGAUCAUUGGAGAGGAGUCAUUCACAUCCACUCUUUGCGGCACGCCUUCGUAUGUUGCACCUGAAAUCUUGGAGCAGGGUAACCGCCGUAGAUACACACGUGCUGUUGACGUGUGGUCACUGGGUGUUGUGCUAUACAUUUGCUUGUGCGGCUUCCCACCGUUCAGCGACGAGCUCUACUCUCCUGAGAAUCCAUACACGUUAAGCCAGCAGAUCAGAAUGGGACGUUUCGACUACCCUAGUCCCUACUGGGACAGCGUUGGAGACUCUGCGCUCGAUCUGAUUGACAAGAUGCUCACAGUCGAUGUUGAGAAGAGAAUUACGAUAGAUGAGUGUCUCGAGCAUCCAUGGACGACAGGACGUACAGACGCAAGCAUGGAAAGCACAGACGGUUUGACAGGAGCGCUGAACAAUCUGGAUUUCUCGAAGCGAAAGCCAGUGAGAGAGAGGACGCUGUUGAGCUCGAUCAACGAUGCGACUUUCUUCAAGACGCAGGCUACCGAAAAAGACGACCGGGAUAUCAAGGUAUGGGAGCAAAACAAAGACCAUGAUAAGCGAACGAACGUCAAAGACGAGGUCGUACCUGCACAUGCAAGAAAUCCUGAUGAAUUCGUCAAAAUGGGCGGCAAGGGAGAUGAAACGCUAUACGGUGAUGAAGAGGUUGCGAAGAGAAAGGCAAAAGCAGAGGAGGCAAAGGCAUAG